UUCUUAUAAAUUCGGGAUCAAGACACGAAGUGAAAUACCUCAGCGGCAUCGCUCACUUCUUGGAAAAGCUGGCCUUCUCCUCCACAGCUCAGUUUGGCAGCAAAGAUGAAAUUCUCCUCACCUUAGAGAAGCACGGGGGCAUUUGUGACUGCCAGGCAUCCAGGGACACCAUAAUGUACGCGAUUUCCGCUGACGCCAAAGGUCUGGAUACUGUGGUCAACUUGCUGGCUGACGUCGCGCUGCAGCCCAGGUUGUCAGAUGAAGAAAUCGAGAUGACUCGAACAGCUAUACGCUUUGAGCUGGAAGACUUGAACAUGAGACCUGACCCAGAGCCUCUCCUCACCGAAAUGAUCCAUGCGGCAGCCUACAGAGACAACACAGUGGGGCUGAACAGGUUCUGCCCGGUGGAAAAUACCGACAAAAUCGAUCGCCAAGUCCUGCAUUCCUACCUGCGGAACUACUACACGCCCGACAGGAUGGUGCUUGCUGGGGUGGGGAUCGAGCACGAGCAGUUGGUGGAGUGUGCAAAGAAGCAUCUGCUCGGAGCGGAGCCGGUGUGGGGCAGCGGGCAGGCCAAGGACGUGGACAGAUCUGUGGCUCAGUACACGGGAGGCAUUGUCAAGGUUGAAAAAGAUAUGUCAGAUGUGAGUCUGGGCCCCACUCCCAUCCCAGAGCUUACCCACAUCAUGAUUGGGUUAGAAAGCUGCUCAUUUUUAGAGGAAGAUUUCAUCCCCUUUGCGGUAUUAAACAUGAUGAUGGGAGGCGGUGGCUCUUUUUCAGCCGGAGGGCCUGGCAAGGGCAUGUUCACCCGCCUCUAUCUCAAUGUGCUCAACAGGCACCACUGGAUGUAUAACGCAACCUCCUACCACCACAGUUACGAGGACACGGGCCUCCUGUGUAUACAUGCCAGUGCAGAUCCGAAACAGGUUCGGGAGAUGGUGGAAAUCAUCACAAGAGAAUUCAUCCUGAUGGCAGGAGCGGUAGGAGAGGUAGAACUUGAGCGAGCGAAGACGCAGCUGAAGUCCAUGCUCAUGAUGAACCUGGAGUCUCGGCCUGUUAUCUUUGAAGAUGUGGGACGGCAAGUGUUGGCAACAAACACAAGGAAGCUACCUCAUGAGCUCUGUGACCUCAUCAGUCAGGUGAAAUCUACUGAUAUCAAGAGAGUAGUCACUAAGAUGCUUCAUAAAAAACCAGCGGUGGCUGCACUGGGUGACUUAACAGAUUUGCCCACUUACGAACACAUCCAGGCAGCGCUUUCCAGUAAGGAUGGGCGACUCCCUCGGAUGUACCGUUUUUUUUCGCAGCCCGCACGAGAGACUUGCUUCUUUUUUAAUAUGUUUUUGAGAUUGUAA